UAGGCACAACGGCGAGAAGAGAACCCACGAAAUGCUACCCAAAAAAAAAAAAACAAAAUGGUAGCCCACUUUCAAAUUCUGGCAGCUUGCGUCGCCUUGAUUGUGUUAGUACAGGCAUGGAAGCUUCUAAACAUGAUGUAUUUGACGCCGAAACGUCUAGAAAGAAUCUUAAGAAAACAAGGGUUCAAGGGAAACCCAUACAGAUUCCCUGCUGGUGAUUUGAAAGAACUAGGGCUCGCCAUUCACGAGCUCCUGUCCAAGCCCCUCAGAUUGGAGGAUGAUAUCAAGCCAAGGGUCAUGACUUUUGUCCACAAAACCAUGCAAAAACACGGAAAUGAGUCCUUCUUUUGGCAAGGGCCACAGCCGUCGGUUAUCAUCACAGACGUGGGCCUGAUCAAGGAGGUGACGGCGAAGCACGCCGUGUUUGGGAAGCCGCUGACGCCGAAUCCACUCACCGAUUUGUUCGCGUCGGGGGUGGUGACGUUGGAGAAGGACAAAUGGGCUAAGCACAGAAAAAUCAUCAAUCCCGCUUUCCACAUUGAGAAAUUGAAGCUGAUGGUGCCUGCCUUCUACAUGAGCUGCGAGGAGGUUCUGAGCGAAAUAGAGAGUAAGAUGUCCGCGGAAGGGUCGUGUGAGCUGGACGUGUGGCCGUAUUUGGAAAACAUAACGAGCGACGCCAUCUCAAGAACUGCAUUCGGCAGCAGCUACGAAGAAGGGAGGCGAAUAUUCGAGCUGCAGAAGGAACAGGCUGACCACGUUCUUGCCGCUCUGCGUUCAUUCUAUUUUCCAGGAGCACGGUUUUUGCCAACCAAAAGGAACAAGAGAAUGAAGGAGAUCGAGGGCCAAGUCCGCCCCAUCAUUCGAGGCCUCAUCGAUAAGAGGGUGAACGCGAUCAAAUCAGGGGAGGCCGUCAAUCCGGACUUGCUAGGGAUGCUGCUCGAGUCCAACUUCCAAGAGAUCGAGCAGCAUGGCAACAAGAGCUUUGGAAUGACCAUUGAUGAAAUCAUAGAAGAAUGCAAGCUCUUCUACUUCGCGGGCCAAGAGACGACCUCGACAUUGCUUUCCUGGACACUGGUUUUACUAGGCAGACACCAAGAGUGGCAGAAGAGAGCUAGAGAAGAAAUCUUCAAUGUCUUUGGCAAAGACAAACCAAAUUAUGAGGGCUUAAAUCAACUCAAACAGGUUUCGAUGAUACUGUUCGAGGUGUUGAGGUUUUAUCCGCCGGUAGUUACGCUGCUCCGACAAACGAAUGAGGAAGUCAAGUUAGGCAAAUACACAUUGCCUAAAGGGAUUGGUCUUACAAUGCCGAUCCUGUUGUUGCAUCACAACCGCGAGUUCUGGGGCGACGACGUAAUGGAGUUCAAUCCGGGGAGGUUUAGUGAUGGGGUGGCGAAGGCGAUGAAGGGCCCCGGCAUGUUCUUCCCCUUCGGGUGGGGGCCUCGGAUAUGCCUCGGACAGAAUUUCGCGAUGGUGGAGGCCAAAAUUGUGCUGGCAAUGAUUCUGCAGCGUUUAUCUGUCGAGCUCUCGCCCUCGUACACGCACGCCCCUCAGAACAUCUUCACCAUGCAGCCACAGCACGGAGUUCAUUUGACUCUGCGCCGUGUCUAG